GUACGGAGCCCAAGAAAUGCAAGAAAGCACUUCUGGCCAUGCGGUCUACAUCACGUGUCUAAUCUUUUUUACUACAAACAAAUCGAUAACAAAUAAUCAAGCCAGAAAUUAAAGAAAUAUAAUGAUUAUCCCUGUGAGAUGUUUCACUUGCGGAAAGGUGAUUGGCAACAAAUGGGAAGCAUACUUGGGACUUCUUCAAGCAGAAUAUACUGAAGGAGAUGCUUUGGACGCACUGGGUCUGAAAAGAUAUUGCUGUCGCAGAAUGCUGCUUGGACAUGUGGAUUUAAUUGAAAAGCUCCUCAAUUAUGCACCACUAGAGAAAUAAUUCCUAGGUAUUUAAUUCUAUUGAUGAAUACAUGAAUAAAUUGUGGAAUAGAUAACAUAAAACAACAUUAUAUAUUGAAACUCCAUAAAACACCAUUCAAAUUAUUCUGCUUUUGUAAUUCAAAUGUUACAUCCACAGAUAUUAUUAUAUUUGUAUAAUAUAAAUAUACUUUAUAAAUAAAAAAAUAAAAUAUUUUCUUUGUA